CAAUCAGUUCAGAAGACCGACAACUCCGACAGUCAUCAUUCAUUCAAUGUCAAUCGCUCUGAACCUGAUAACCUAACUUUCAGUUUUUAUUUAAAAAUUGUAAAUUUUAAGCCUUGUGGUGUUAAUUACUAAUUUUGUGAUCAAUUCCAAAAGCAUCUAAAUUAAUCAGGAAAAAUGUCUGAGCAGCAAGUAGCCUCUACCCCAGCAUCCGCAGCCGUGUCCGCCACCAGCGUUGCUGAGGAACAACGGUCUGCCAGCGGAACUGUCGCGGGAUCUGGCAGUGCAACUGGCAGUGCUGCUGGAUCAGCUGUGUCCGAAGAGAAAUUAUACGGAGGAUGUGAAGGCCCAAAUGCUAUGUAUGUUAAGCUGAUCUCUUCAGAUGGCCACGAGUUCAUUGUGAAGAGGGAGCAUGCACUGACCUCCGGCACUAUCAAGGCCAUGUUGAGCGGACCCGGACAGUUUGCUGAGAAUGAGGCCAAUGAAGUCAACUUUAGGGAGAUACCCUCUCAUGUACUGCAGAAGGUUUGCAUGUACUUCACAUACAAAGUUCGCUACACAAACUCCUCGACGGAGAUUCCCGAGUUCCCGAUCGCCCCGGAAAUUGCGCUGGAGUUACUGAUGGCCGCCAACUUCCUCGACUGUUAAGAGUACAGCCAUGUACCGGUAGAUGGUGCUAGUGGGACGGCUACCAAAGAGGUUGGCUGAGAAAAGUUUGUAAUUAAAACUUGCAGCUGUCUGAUAAAGAUCUCUUGAAAUAUGUAAGGUUCCUCACUCAUGUAUCUUAUAAUGUAAUGUAAAAUGUUGAAACAAACAUUCUUAAUAAGUAAAUUAAUUGAAUUUAUUAUUUUUAUAUUUAACAGACAGCAAUAAAGUUUUGUUCGCUAAACCUCUUUAUUUAUUUUUGUUGCCAUGGCAACGUGUCUCACUAGCGCCACAGUGAUCAAAGUGAUCACUAUGAGAUCAGAUCACACGACAAUUUUAUUUGUGUGAUAUCGACAUGUUUACGGUUGAAACAUCUACCGACACUCGUCGGUAUAUUAAUGGUGGAUUUAAUUACAUAUUAUUGAUAAUAAAUAUUUGUAUUUUUAAUAGACAGGGAUACACUGUAACCUAAAAGGAUGUGACAUUGUUGAAUUAACGAAAAAAGUAAUCUAUGGAGGACUUUUCAUUUUAAAAGUUUGCCUACAAUAUGAAAUCAAUGAUAAUGAUGUGUGGCAAUAGAUUUACUUAAUAUUAGAUACAAUUUUAACAAUGUUUAUUUAAAAGUUCAUGUACACUAAGUACAUCUCUGUCUCCCCUCUGUAGAGGAAUAAAAUGCGUGAUAUUACAUUUAUAUAACUGUCUAUUAAAAAUACAAUUUUAACACAACACAUAAAACUCACUUCUUGUAGUGAUAUUUUCGACUUUAUUUCUCAUUGAAUAAAGUUUGUAUUUGUAUGGCUGGUUCGCUCAUUUACUAGGAUUGUUGACUUUACGUAUAAAAUUAAGCAUUUACGCAACACUAUCGAGAAACAGUACUCUUAGUAUGAGUUUGCUUUACGUUUAAAAGAAUCGAAACGAGAGCGCGUUCGGCGCUCUGAUAUUGAAUGUAAAGUAAGAAUAUAGAACGUAAUAAUUCAUAGGGCUAAAUGAGCAAACCAAUUAUAUGUCUUCAUUAAGUUUCAUAAUAUUCAUAAAUAAUCUGUCUGCUGAAGCUGAAUACAACUUUAUACCUAAACAAAUAAAGAUGAAAAUUGUACAGCCAAGAUAGACUUACUUAUUUAUGAAUAAUAAUACUUAGUCGAUUCUUUUCUUGCUAGUUAGGUGAACACAGAAGCCGUUUCAAUCUAGAGAACGUCCUAGGCAAGUACCUCAUAGGGCCCUAUAUUUUUUUUGGUGCCCCCGCCGCUCUGUAGGUUGUAUGGUAAUUAGUGAACGAUAUUUAAACACGUGAUUGUACUCAUGAUUACAAAUAACUUUCCCAAAGAAACUUCUUUUGUAUACCCAUUAGUUUUAUUUUUAUCACAAUAACAAAAUUUCGUGCGCGCAUGAUCAGCUGUUGCAGCGAGAGGUAUUUUGGAAUUUAACGCGCGCAUGCUAAUGCUAAAUAUUUUUUUAAUGUGAUAAAAAUAAAACUAAUGAUUAUUCAAAAGAAGUUUCUUUGGGAAAGUUGUUUGUAAUUAUGAGUACAAUCACGUGUUUAAAUAUCGUUCACUAAUUUAUCAGUCACCCUGUAUAGGUAGUUAGGCACAUGCGUGUCGUGGCGCCCUCUAUAACUUGGCGCCUUAGUUACUUGCCUAGCUUGUUUAAGAUAUAACACGGCUCUGGGUAAACGCAAAUAAGGGUAAAUAAAGUAAAACCCUUUUAUAGUAAUAUGGUGUAAUAAUAUUGGGUCGAUGAAUUUAAUAAUUUCUUUAGCAAAGUCUGAUUUCUAUUGUAUUAUAAUUUUUAGUAAACAAAAAUUGUAAAUGUCAUUUUUGUACAUACAAUUAUAUAGUGGAUAUUUUGGGAAUGAUUGUAGCUACUGCCUUUAGUAAUCACAGUUAUACUAUCUGCCGUACUCAGUCAUUUAAUGAUUACUUAAACUAUUCCUCAGUAACAAUUUUGUAUGGAAAACAAUUGCUAAUUGGGUUAAGUAACCAUUAAAUGACUAAGUAUGGCGGUAUGUCUCUCUUUGUAGUUUGUUUGUGCGUAAAAUGAAAGUGUUUUAAAGAUAACGAAUUAAUUAUUCGUAUUUAUUUAACUGUUAUGUACUAAAAUUCAUCAAUAUUUAGGUUGGACAAAAUGUGAUUAAGAAAUUGUAUGAAUUUCUGUAAUCUAUCUUUAAGAAAGUGGGUGUACAAUGUGUACAUCUCUGCUUAAUCCAUCUGAAAGUAAGAGGUUUUGUGUAAUUUAGUUAUUUCUAAAAUACUUUCGUUUUACAACCAAACACACUGGUUGACUUAAAAUACACAUUUUCGCAAAUAAAUAUUUAAUAAAAAUAAUCUCAUAUUUGUUCCGUAGUUUGUGGGUAUCGCAUUUAUAGAGCACUUUUUUACGUUCAAAAACCAAAAAUGCUGUUUGCUAGUUCAAUACUUCGGUAACUUUUUUGUAUUUUCACUAAAAACUUGUAUUAAUCUGUAGGUAAACUUAGUAAAAGAAAAACAUUUCAUGGUCGAAAUAAAUGACCUACACUAUUUUUAUCUCUCUCCUUCACUAGCAAAAGGUAAAUGUGUGAAAGAGACAGAAAUAAAUGGAAGAAGAUAGAAUAAAAUUAAGAAGAUAUUAAAGAAUAUACUUACUUAUUUCUAUCUUCUGAACUCGUCUAACACAUUAUAAUAAUAGAUGUGUGAAAGAGAUAGCUUUAAUAAGCAAUGUUAAUUUAUUUCGAUUUGAAAUGUACUUGUUCCACACAAAUUAACGCUUAACCGGAUUGCUAGGAUGUGAUUAUUUAUUUUGUCAAGUGUCACUAAAACAUUAACCAAAUCGCAAUGUUUAGCUUUUUAUUUUGUUAAUAAACCGUAAAUUCUUA